AUGAGUCUGUUCCGGUUGGUUUAUGGGAAAGCAUAUCACCUUCCAGUAGAAGUUGAGCACAAGGCGUAUUGGACCAUAAAAGAGUAUAAUUUAGGUUUGGGAAAGGCCGGGGUUGAAAGGAGGUUGCAAUUGGAGGAAUUAGAGUGCCUAAGGUUAGAGGCAUAUGAGAACUCUAGGAUCUACAAGGAAAGAGUCAAAGCGGUACAUGACCGUCACCUCAAGAGGAAAGAGUUUCGGGUUGGUGAUCAAGUGUUACUCUACAACUCAAGAUUGAGAUUGAUGCUCUGGAAAUUAAGGUCAAGAUGGGAUGGCCGCUAUGUGGUAGAGAAGGUUGAACCUUAUGGUGUUGUUCACUUAAGCCAUCCCGCAAGCCCUAGUUUCUUCAAGGUGAACGGCCACUGGCUUAAGCUUUAUCAUGGUGUGAAGGCCAAGAGCAAUAAGAAAUUGGAGAUCUUUCUCUUAAAAGAUCCUCCCAAGGAAGAGAAUUGA